AGAAAGCUCCUUCCCUUCCACCUGAGUGAUCACGCAUGCGCAGACUGGCUGGGGUCCCCACCUCUCUCUCUCUCUCUCUCUCUCUCUCUCUCUCCUGUACGCGCGCACUCGCACGCGCACACACAGCCGGUGUCAGUGUGUCGGUCGGCUGCUCAGCGCGCGCUGCCUGUGGAUGCGAGCUGGAGACAAACUGGAUCAGUAAAUCUAGUUUUGUUGUAAAUUUGGACGUUUUCAAACGGAGGUUCUGCGCAGGAGCGUCCGUGCACCCGGUUCCGUUCUCUCCGCUGUCUGUUCUCCUGACCUCUGACCCUUCAACGACCUCCGAUGUCCCUAAAGCGAUGACCCAUCUAAAUCAUCGUCGCCACACGCCUCGCCAUGGUCACCCGUCGACCCGGUGACCGACCAGUCCGCCACCGCCAAACCCUCCACCUCCCGUCCAGUCCGCCGCUGGGAUGCACGUGAUGGGCAGCGUCUCCCCGGCCAAUGACAGGGAGGCUUUCUCCGUCCAGGUGGAGGGCGUGGCCGUCGCCGCGCCGACGUCUCCUCCUCGUCCUCCAUCGGGAUUUUCUGACAUCGACGGCAACCGGAUGAAACAGCUCCCCCCUGCUUCCACUCCUCCUCCUCCUCCUCCUCCUCCACCUCCUCCGCCUCCUCCUCCUCCUCCUCCCAUGCCGCCCCUGCUUCCAGGGCUAGGAGACCCUGUAGGAGGCCUGAAGAAGAAGAAGAGGGUGAGGAGUUUCUUUUGGAAGACGAUACCAGAGGAUCAGGUGAAGGGGCGGGCCAACCUGUGGACUCAGCGCCGGGUGCAGCAGCAGUAUGAGAUCGACGUCCGGACCAUUGAGGAGCUGUUUGGUCAGAACGACUGUCAAUCAAACGCCAAGUCCUCCGUGGCCACGAGGGGCGGGAAGACCAGGAGCUCCUUCAGAGAGACCAAAGAGGAGGUCUCCAUUCUAGACGCUAAGCGAGGGAUGAACAUUGGGAUUUUCCUUAAACAGUUCAAGAGAGCCAAUCAGACGAUAGUAGACGACAUUCGCCGUGGCAACAGCGAGCCUUACGGGGCGGAGCCUCUGAGAGAGCUGCUGAAGCUGCUGCCAGAGACAGAGGAGGUGAAGAAGCUGAAGUCGUACCGCGGCGACGUCUCCAAGCUCUCGUUGGCCGAUUCCUUCGUGUACCUGCUGAUUCAGCUCCCCAGUUACUCGGUCCGUAUCGAGUCCAUGCUGUUGAAAGAGGAGUUUCCCGCCGCGAGUGAGGUCAUGAGACGAGACAUUAAGAUCCUUCGCACAGCCACCAAAGAGUUAAUGUGCUGUGAGGAGCUUCACGCUGUUCUCCACCUCGUGCUGCAGGCGGGAAACAUCCUGAACGCUGGAGGGUACGCAGGAAACGCUGUCGGCUUCAAGCUUUCGUCUCUUCUCUCUCUGGCCGACACCAAAGCCAACAAACCGGGAAUGAACCUGCUGCACUUCGUGGCUCUGGAAGCCCAGAAAAAAGACGUCAAUCUGUUGGAGUUUCCUCUGAAGUUGAGUCACGUCCAACCUGCAGCCCGGAUCUCCGUGGAAACGCUGGACGCUGAACUACAGUGGCUGACGACUCGCACGCGCUCAGUAGAGGAGAACGUCCAGAGAGACACGGAGCUGCUGCAGCAACUGGACGACUUCCUGCAGUCGGCGACCUCGUCCCUGUGCUCGCUGCGCGGCAGUCGGCAGCAGCUGAAGCAGGAGGGCAGCGAGCUGAUCGACUUCUUCUGCGAAGACCGAGAAACGUUCAGACUGGACGACUGUUUCAGCAUCUUUCACACCUUCUGCUCCAGGUUCACCGCUGCCGUCAAGGAGAACAUGGAGCGAGAGGCGAAGGACGCCGCCCGACGCCGGCGGUUACAGGAGCUGGAGGAGCAGAAGAGGCACUCGUGGGCCGGAGGAGAGAAGGUGGGCGGAGCUUUCAGUUUGCGCUGCAGCAGCGAGGCGGACAUGUCUGCUGCAAUGUCACGACACGACGAGGCCGGGCUGCUGGUGGAGCUUCUGUCCCCGAAGCCUCGACCCCGAUCGCCGCUAAACAACAAUCCUCUGGGACGCUCGGGGAGCUUACGGCGCUCCCGUAACUCUCCAUCCUGCUCGGCGUCCUUUGCUGCUGAGCGUGAGCUGAGUGCACUCCUGGGAAUGGCGACCCACGACCACAAAGACGCCCCACUGUCGGCACACGAAUACGGGCGUAGAAGUCCGGGACUGUCCCCGCAAAGUCCAAGGGCCACAACGUGCAGCUUCCCCCAAAACCAGCAGCCUCAAGCGGGACAGACGGCGCCGCGAACCCGCUCGUCCUCCGCGAACCAUACAACCGCCACUUACCUCAGCUAUGAUGCAACCCAGAUUGGAUUAACCGCCAUCAACCCGAUAAAUGAAGUUACAGUCGCACCUACCUCUGACGCGAACCAGCAGUCCGACCACAACAACAACGGCAAAGAUCGACUCGGACUGGGUUUUACUGGCCGGGGAACGUUUUCCGAACGCCACUCUGGUUUGAGCGGGGAACAAACUAGAACGAACAAAGCCGAUCAGGAUUCUAGAGGAUCGAUCGACCGCAGUGACGAGACGUUUGAACGCGGCGCCGCUGCGACAGGAAACAUGACGGUGGUUUUAGAGAAAUGUACUCUGGUGCCUGAGCUGAAGGUGUUCGACAAGGUGACCGGCCACGGCGAAGAACGCCAUCGCACCGGGCGCCAUCCUGAUGAAGUCCAGAAGAACGCAGAAGAACCUGAUGCACAAAUCCCUCAGACAAACACGUCCUCAUCGCAGGAAGAGGAAGAGGAGGGAGGAGAGGAAAAGGUGGUCGUAUGGUGCGUGACGGGCGUGUGCGAGGCAGCCGGCGAGCUCGCACACUCUGACGACGCGCACGCACAAACUGAGAAGGACCAGAGUAGAAGUGACAAUCAGGGAGGAAGUAAGCAAGCUUCCUCCUCACCAACCAAUCGCACGCCUUCAGAACCUCAGCCGGCCAAUGAGAAGCCAGUGCCUGUACCCAUCAGCAGCCAACCGGUGCCUGUCUCCCGCUGUGACGACCCGUCGCAUCCCGCCUCGUCCCCGAGGUGGCGCCCAGCGGAGCCUACGUCAACCAACGAAGGGCCUAGAAUCACCGCAGGUGCCUCUGAGGAAGAUGCAGCCAAUCAGGAGGAGGAAGUGGAGGGUUUGACCAAUGAGGAGAGAGAACAGUCGACGGGGAGCCGAAACAAGACAGAACCUUCCACUAAUGAUAAAGCCGAACCGGUAGCUUCGACCAAAACCUCCACCAAGAACCUCCUUACCUCUAAACCCCGACCCGCUGAGAUGAAACCCGCCUCCUCCAACAAAGGCAAACCCGUCCGCACCCUCAACCGCUCCGAGAACCAGGGCAUGAGGCGGGUAGUGCCGAUCUCCAGACCCAGCCGAAGUGCUCCGUCUCUGGGCAAACAUCCUGAAAAGGCUCCUCGCGGAAACCGACGAGACUCAUCCGGCACCGCGGUACCUGUUGGUCUGACGGUCUCCAGCCACAACAGUACCUCCCUCCGACGAGGAGAGCGACCGUCCACCGCUCCUUCGUCCCGACGCUCGAGCAUCAACAAGGACUCGAAGGACCAGAAGGUUUCGGGUCCUUCGGCACGAGAGCAGAACCAGGACUUGCACAGGAAGCCGUCCAUCCGGAAGCCUUUAACAAAACCCAAAGUCCAACCGGAGGAGAAGAUGUGUCGCUCCACGCUGCGAGCGCUCACUCAAGGAGGAGGAGGAGGAGGAGGCAGCGUCAGUGCUCCUGUUACUCCUCUGCACAAAGCCGCUACUCCUUCAUCAUCGCUGCUUCCGAGCUUCGCCCGAAGCACCGCCUCCUCUUCGUUCAGACGAACCCGCGCCACCCUCGCUCCUCCUCCUCCUCCUCCACAUUCACCCCACACUGGCUCAGACUCCUCCCCCAAAACCACCACCUCCUCUUCCUCCCCCGUCGCCCCACCCACCACCUCCUCCCCUCUGAAGCGAACAGGCUCCUUGAGAUUCCCCGUCACCUUCAGACCCUCGGAUCUCAUCAACCCUUCCUCCUUCUCCUCCUCCUCUUCCUCCUCCGCGCUGACGAGGUCUCAGAGCAUCAGGGCGCCUCCCCACGUCUCGCUGGCUCCCUCUAAAGGCCACCGGCGGAACGACAGCGGCUCCUUCUCCGACAAGUCGUCUCACUCGAGGGACUCGGGCAAGUCCUCCCGGCCGAACUGGAGAUAACAGGAGAAAUCUGAGGGACACAUUCCAACAUGAAGCACAGACACUGUUGAGAUUGAAAAGGCUUGAGUCCAAUAUAAAGAGUUAAUUUGUCAACCUUUAACCUUUAUUGGUGGUAAAAGGACGCAUUCCAUUUAGACUGUAAAAGGCUGCAUUCCAAUAUAAAGAAUAAACACCAAUAUGGAGCCUCACAGGAGUUACACACUCAUUAGUUUUCAGACUUUAAAGGUAGAAAUAUCUAAAGGUGCAAUUAAAAAUCAAUAAAUUGUUUUAUUUACGGAUUCUUGAGACAUUUUCCACUGAAUUUAAGCCGAUUAAUUCGUUUUUUUAACAUGUUAUUUUCUAAAUUAAUGUGUUAAAUUUUGGCAUUAAUAAAAAUAAAACCUAUUUAUUGAUUUCUAAUUAAUUCCACCUUAAAAUAUUUCUACUCAAGCCUUUACUAAUGUGCCACAAUAAUGUUUUUUUAGUUGAAAUAUCUUAAUUUGGGUGUUUUUCCAAACAAAUAUUAAUUAAUAUAUUUGAUUGUUUGCGAUUAAUUAAGUAUAUUUAUAUUCCUCCGUGCAGCCCCUCUAGCUCCGCCCGUCUGAGAGACGCCACAUUCGCCCGUUUUUUAAGGGAAAAUGAAGGAAAUAAAUAAAUAUCUGCAUCUAAAAACUAAUGUAACAAGAUUGUUUGUUAUAAAAAACGUCGUGUCGUGUUUAUGGUAAACGACCGAAUCCCAGCUCCUGAUUUAACAACUUUAUUUUAACUUUAACUAACCGAGCUGAGGAAUCUUUGUACAUCUGGCCUGAUUCAUAUUAGUAAUCAUAUUAUGAUUAUUAUUGUAUUUUUAUUUAGAUUUUCUAAAAUCACUGAGAAUCACGGAGAGAAAUAAAAGAGGAGUGAAUAGUUUGGACGAGGAGAUAUUAUAUAUUAUUUAAAGUGUCUCUGAUUGGAAAGCGACAGUGUCUGACUCACUGGGAAAAGUCUGCAGUGCCAAGUUUGUUCAUAUGAGGAUGUUUGUAUGUUUAUGUAUCUAUUUAUGUUUGUAUGAAGUCAAUAUUUGAUAUAUAUAUAUAAUCUGUCUACUAAUUAAUAAAGUAUUAUUCCUCCAACACUCUGAA